AUGCCCAAUACCAAUAGCAUGUUCAGCUUUUCCUGUAUUGUCGUCCUAGCCCUAGGCAGUAGAACCUGUAGUUGCUUGCAGUUUACUUAUCCCAACUUCAACGCAAUCAAGAUGGAUAAUUUCACCUUCAGCACAGGCUCAACAAUUGCAGAUGGUGCCUUGCAGAUCACCCCAAGUACCGGAAACAUGCGCCACCGGUCCGGGAGAGUGGUUUAUGCAAGGGAAACCCUCAAGCUGUGGAACAACAAGCGCAUGGCGCCCACCUCGUUCAGGACAGAUUUCCUGCUCAACAUCCAACCCGGUCAGAAUGGGGCUGGAGAAGGUAUGGCAUUUGUGCUCACAAACAAUCCAUCGUUGCCCAGCAACAGCAAUGGCCAGUGGCUUGGCAUAUGCAAUGACACGACAGACGGCACGAAUACGGACCCAGUUGUAGCCGUCGAGUUUGACACGAGAAAGAGCUAUGAGGAUGACCUUGACGGCAACCAUGUCGGCAUCGACAUCAACAGCAUCAAAUCUAUUCGACAGUACCCGCUUAGUAAUGUUUCCAUCAUCCUCUCAAGUGGGUCUGAUGUAUGGGUCAGUAUUAGGUACCACGGCACAUCAAAAUUGUUUCAAGUAUUUCUAGUCCAACACAGCAUCCGUGGGCGGUAUGUCUACCAAGGAGAUAUCUACAUUGAUCUAUCACAGCUUCUGCAGGACAAGAUAUAUUUGGUAUUUGCAGGUUCCACUGGCAACUUCACCCAACUGAACCAGAUAAAGUCGUGGAACUUCACCAUGAUAAAUGAAUAA